CCCUGCGACACCAACCCAUGAUGCCGUCUGCGGUGCAAGCUGGGGACUUCUCCUGGAGUAGCACUGCGCCAGGCUCAGCACUGAAUUUCAUCCCAUGCUACCAGGACUAUCUGUGUGCACGUCUCGAAGUUCCCCUAGACUGGUCAGCCAGUGCCAUUGAAAAUAACACGGCUGCCCUGGCCGUCAUAAAACUGCCUGCACAGGUAGAUCCUGCCGACGAGCGUUACGGUGGCUCCAUAAUCGUGAACCCAGGUGGCCCUGGCGGGUCCGGCGUGCAGGAAAUACUCAACCGGGGGAAAGAAAUCCAGCGGACUGUAGACAGCCCCGAUGAUGCACAGCAAUCUCGCUAUUUCGACAUUGUGUCCUUUGACCCCCGAGGCGUGGGAAAUACCAUUCCUCCCUUAACCUGCUUUCCUGAUCUGCUGUCUAGUUACCUCUGGAAUGAGGCUGUGCAAGCUCAUGGCUUGGUAGGUAGCUCCGAUCACGCAGCUGAUCAUCUUUGGGCCCGCAUGCAGGCACUAGCCACAUCGUGUACAGAUUCCUCUAAGGACAAUGCGGAUAUUGGCCCGUACAUGAAUACCUGGAGUACGGCACAUGAUCUGCAUCAUAUUGCUCAACUGCUCCAACCGGAUCCACACGCAGAUGCAAAGUUGCAAUACUGGGGUUACUCAUACGGGACUCUGCUAGGCGUCACUUAUGCAAGUCUCUUCCCGAACCAAGUCCAACGGAUGGUGUUAGACGGGGUGGUAGAUGCAUUAAGCUGGUACUCUGGCGAGAUGUCGACAUCAUUGCGCGACGCAGAUCGUGUAUUUGACAGUUUCUUCCGCUAUUGUCAUCAGGCAGGCCAGCCGAGGUGUGCCUUUGCCAGCCCAUCUGCUGACGGAGAAGACGAUAUAAACGCAAUAAGCGAACUGCAGCAGCGCUUCACGAAUAUACUGUCUGAUCUGAAAGCGUCCCCCCUCUGGACCACUCAUCCAAGCCCAGACAUAAUCACCUAUUCCGACGUGAGACGUCUCCUAAGACUUGCCUUGUACGCGCCGAUCGACCUUUUCCCCACUCUCGCUAUCAUCCUAGCAGAUCUCGAACAACGGAACGCAACGAGCAUGGCUGAAUGGAAAACCAUGCUACGCGAGGAAAUGCAGCCAGCUCACUGCCUCAGUUCAGAAUGUCAGUCUGAUGCUCCGUGUCGUGAGGCAUGCCAAUACUCGUACCGCGUAGAAGUGACUGCUGGUACCGUAUGUUUGGACUUAAAUCAGAAGCUACUGAAUGCCACCCGCGAGGAAUACUGGGAUGAGUAUCUUCGGCCUUCCAUUGAGAGCAGCCAUUGGAUGGGGGACACGUUUGCAGAUUUCUUAAUGCCGUGUGCUAGAUGGAAUGGUCGGGGACCAGGGGAUUUCAAAGGACCUACCGGGGCUCAGGAUAUGUCCACACCUAUACUAUUCGUCAGUAAUACUCUGGAUCCAGUGACUCCUCUGGGCGACGCCCAUGCUAUGUCCGCUUUGUUUGAAAAGUCUGUCGUAUUAGAGCAGCAUGCUGAAGGUCAUUGUUCCUUCGCUUCGCGUUCGGGGUGUACAGAUGAUUAUAUCCGAGCGUAUUUUCAAACUGGGGAGCUUCCGGCACCAGGCACGCGUUGUGAGACAGAUAUACGUCCCUUUGGGGUGGAGGACGUGCUAGAUGGAACCUCCCCAGUGGAGCUGGAGAGGACGGAGCUGUGAUCUAGUCUCUCUACUUUGGUAUCCGGAUUCAAUACAGAUAAACAAUAAUUUUACCGAUGCCACUGAUAUUAGGACCCUGGGAAGGCGCAUGUUUCUGUCCCUUGUGGCGAACUAAUAUGAUGGAUGUUGAAUUAUAUCUCGUUGGAAUAUUUUCUCCUAUUUCUAUUUUCUCCUAUUUCAAUUCUAUCCCAUUUCGUUCUUGAUUAUAAUGGAUUGACAACAGAUGCCAAAGGAACGAGUACAAGGCCACAAUGGUCUCUAGACAGGUAGUGCCACGAAAUCGAUCGGGC